GCCAGAUUAGGAAAACAUGGAAAAAGUAGAUCUUAGCUAGGGUUAUUGGAAUCCACAAAGAAAACUGGGGGUAGCCAUUAAUUUUUCCGAGAUACUAGCCUUGAGUCUUGAAGAAAACUGCUGACGUUAGCAUUUUUCAGAAAAAGAGGAAAAGAUAUUUCUUCACAGAUUUUCCUAGAGUUCGCCUUUACAUGCAGAAAACUAAACACAUUAAUAAACAUCUUUAAACACAUGGUAAAUUGUAACAUAAAAAUAACUUUUGGAAUGUUUUUAAGAACAAAAUCGUCGCAAAAGCGCUUUUAGCAUCCCUGGACAGCUCUCCUCUGGUUUAGCCAAAAUACAGUCUACAUAGUUUUUCCUCACAGCCAAAAACUAUUCACGUGUUGAAUAAGCUUACCACUUUCAUUCCAGAACAUAAAAUGUAGCGGUGACUCCCUGACAUGUUUUCAAAAGUUAAAUGGGUUGUUACAUCCUUUCAAAAACUUUGUUGGUUGCCCGUUACAUUUUUUCCUGUGACCUCCCUAGGAAGUCAACACUGACGUCUCUCGUACUUGUUUGGCAUGUGCAUAAGCCAUCUGCAGUUGGAUAUAAUUUCUUUUGUGGGUACAAUAACAGCUAGUUUUUCAUCUGGAAGCCCUUAACAGUUAGUGCUUAGCGAUAUGCUGCUUUUCUGGUGUUCCUGGUUUUAGUACACUUUCGUAAUUUUACUGCGAUAUUUGUUUCGGCCACAAUAGGAAUUUUUUUAAGUCGCACGCUUGGUAGCGUAGUUGAUUAUUCCAAACCAAGCGCUCGCCUGGCUUUUAAACCAUGCCUUACAUGAUGCACCGUCCUUAACUGCCUUUUGGUAAUUUUCUGAGCCAGUUUCCUUUUCUGAUGCAAAUGUGAAACAGCUAAAAAAAUAUAAGGAGUUUCAAUAAAACGCCACUUACCAUUACUUACAGCGCACUCUUUGUCAGUCUGUUGCCGCCUUUUGGAAAAUUUGAUAGCACUUCUGGCAGCGAAAGACACAAGUGUCCCGUUUUAUGUAGUCUAAACAUGCUCUAGCCCAUUAGUUUUCCCCCUAAAUCUCGUGUGUCCUGUCACUUUUUUACCCAAAUAUCCAGUAUGGUGAAAACCCCUAAUAGGGCCUCAUUGAUGAACUGGUACACCUUAUCAAGAGCCUGAUACUGUCUAUCGUUUUUUUUUUUUCUCUUUUUAUUACAAUGCACGUCCCCCCCGCCCCCCUCACCCCACUAAACAUAACCUACAAAAUACCUCAAAUUUCCAAGCAGUAGUUCAUAUUCAAAUCAUUCCAGGAAAGCGAGUUACUUGUUUAGCCACUGAAAUGUGUAAAAUGGCUUUGAAGCUGGUUAUCACAUUUUUACCUCCUACCCACCUUACCCCUACCCAUUGGAAUAUGCAUUUGUUAUGUGUAACACAAUCUGGAAUGAUGGCGAGUGCACAACAGAUUGAAACAGAACUGAGCUUAAACAAGUUCUUGAUGAGGAGGAGGAUUUUAAAGGUUGCUAACAGACUUUUGGGUCAGUUAGGAUCUCAGCAAAUUGUUAAACUUCUUGUAAAUCGCAGUUUAUGAGACAAAAGAAAUCUACUUUACCGUUUUGAUGUCUCAGAGUGAUUUCAAACAGUGUUAAUCAUCGAAAAUGCAGCUGAAACCUACUGAUAAUAUAACAUGAGGUAUCGUGGAACACCCAGUUGUCGUCAUGUCACGAGGUAAGUGGAACAUAUCAUUAUUUUCUUGGUGUAUCAUUAUUAUCACAUCAUUAUGCUAAUUAGGACGGCGGUCUUUGUUGACAAAAGUACAGCUUAAACUUCUUCUUCUAACAUUUUACAGUUUCAACCGCCCCAAAAUUUUAUUGCAUAUUUUUACAGGGAAGACAUUGCUUUUUAAGUGGAGGGUAGUUUUGGGAUCUCAAGUGAUGUACUAUUGGCGAUAUUUUCAUUUAAAUUUUGCCUUUUUUAUGGCGCUUCAUGACUAGUUCGAAAGGGAAGAAAUUUAAAAUUUUGUAAAAAAAUCAGAUGUUGAUGAAACUGCCAAAACAGCCUCUCAAUGUAACAAGAAACAUUUGCUUGUCUCGAAUAAAGGAUUUUACCCGGAUUUCUAACGUUUUCUUUGUGUGGCAAAUUGUUAAAUGUGCCCUAAAAUGGCCACUGAAAGCCCUCUCAGAGGGGCAAAACCAAGAUGGUCACCCCAGGGCUAAAAUACUGAUCGAAUUGAACUGAAAGUUAUAUUUUUGUGAAUCACUUAUGUAGAACAUUCAUCUGAGAAAGUUUGAAGAAUUUGAUUUUUUCUUGUCCAAAUGACCAUAGUUGACAUUUACUGAUGGCGGCUCUUAAAAAUUACAUUUGAGUUAUGUAUUGCGGCCCACAGUAUAGUAUUAACAGAGUUUUAUUUUAACUUAUCUUAUUUUAGAACAAUCUCUAAUUUGGAUCUUAGGGAAAAAAUGUAAAAUGCAAGGGAUCUUGGGAAGGAUGAAAACCCAUCAUCUCCCUCAUCUUGAAUUAUAUAUUCUCUCUGGAGACAAUUGGGAAUCAGAGCAAGCCCCUUUACCCAGGCUUGGUUUCCUGGGAUAUGCAAAUCCUGAUUCAAAGAUUAUUAUUAAUAAAGGAUCAUGACACAGGUUAAGUAAGAUUUCUUAACUUAAUGAAAACUGAUAACUAUAUUUUGUUAUUCUUGUUUCUUUUUAAUAGACGGUUGGCAGAAGCACUUAAUAUUGAGAAUCCUGAUCUGUCCCCAGAGGUUACUAUACGAUUUUCACCAUUUCUGCUCGCUGAGGCAAAGCAGAAUUUGGCCUUUGUCAAGUCUAUAGAAGAGGCUCUGGAUAAUCUAGUUCAAACUACUGUCAAGUUGUCAGCUUCUCCGAGAUCACAUUCAUUUCCACCAAUGAACUCAAAUCACAGACGACUUGUCCAUGAGAUUGCUGUGUUUUACAACUGUUCCAGUAGAAGUUACGAUCAAGAACCAAAGCGAAGUACAGUCGUCACUGCUACCAAGGAAUCCCAUCUGCCAUCAGUAAAGCUGUCAUUUCAGAUUGAGAGAGAACUCAAACCACCACCUCCCCAGCCAAUCCCAUUCUUGCCAUCCCAGCAAGAGCUCCUAACAAAGUAAGUCUUGAGUAGUAUACAAAUCCAUGUACUACAAUCCUGGCCAGAUGUCCUUGGGACUAUUCAGUAGGCCAUUUUCGCAUUCAUGGUAUUGGACUGGAACUACAAUCGGCGACAAAAUUGUUGACACAUUCACCCUUUUAACCCCGUAUUUUGUCACUGUGAUCCCUUUUUUCCCUCCUAGCUUGUCCUUUCAUCCCCCCUCACCCCCCCAAACAAUGUUGUGUGGCAACUGCUGUGAUCUUGAAUGGGGGAGUGGGGUCUUUUCCACAGUUUAUUGUGCGGUAAAAAGAGUCGUGUUAUUUGGUGCACCAAAAGUACUAUUGAAAGACAAUGUGUCAACUAAUUAUGUCGGCGAUUGUAGCUUGCAAUGGAGGGUUAUGCAGGGGAAUAUCAUUACAAAGAGAUGAAUGUCAUUUGUAGUUGAAAAGGCUCCCCGCAUUAGUCUCAGUUAUAAACUAUUUCCAGUCCAAUACGGAGAAUAUGAAAAUGAUCUAUUCCACAACGAGGGGGUCGUAAGGGUUUGCGGUGAUGCGGUUUUGCGUUAUUUUUGGUGCGGUUUUGCGGAAAUCCUUAUUUAACCUGCGGUAUUGCGGUUUAAUAAGACCAAGCGGUUUGAGGUUUUCAUAAAUUUUCGAUCGCGGUAAUCGAUAAAAAAGAGUCUGCAGCCGUCUGCGCUUUCCAGUUGUGACAGUUAUUACUCGGAUCCUGACGCUUCCGAUGACUUUUGAUCUCUUGUUUAUGUUUGGCAAGGGACCAUUGUUGUGCAAGCAAGCUCUGCUGUUUGUAAUUUCCGUUUUUUCAAGUUAAUAAUUGGUAUGUUUAACAAUUAUAUCCAAUGAUACGUCGACUUGUUGACCUUCCGGGCUGGGAAUCUUUCUCUCGGAUUUCCUUCAGUAUUUGCCGUGGCCUGGUGUGGGACAAUGUCUGCCGAGCAAGAAGAGGUGGUUAUGAGGAUGGUCGGGAAGAGACGAUGUUACU